AUGGAACCAGGAAAUGAUACACGAAUUUCAGAAUUUCUUUUUCUGGGCCUUUCAGAGGAACCAAAACUGCAGCCCCUCAUAUUUGGGCUUUUCCUCUCCAUGUACCUGAUCACUGUGCUUGGAAACGUGCUCAUCAUCCUGGCCGUCAGCUCAGACUCCCACCUCUACACACCCAUGUACUUCUUCCUCUCAAACCUGUCCUUGGUGGACAUCUGUUUUACCUCCACCACCAUCCCAAAGAUGCUGGUGAACAUCCAAACUCAGAGCAAAGUCAUUACCUAUGAAGGCUGCAUCACACAACUGUACUUUUUCCUAUUCUUUGGAGCAUUCGAUGACUUCCUCCUAACCUUGAUGGCCUAUGACCGCUUUGUGGCCAUCUGUCACCCCCUGCACUACACAGUCAUCAUGAACCCCCAGCUCUGUGGACUGCUGCUUCUGGUGUGCUGGAUCAUGAGCGUCCUAUAUUCUUUGUUACAAAGCUUAAUGGUGUUGAGGCUAUCCUUCUGUACAGAUUUGGAAAUCCCCCACUUUUUCUGUGAACUCAAUCAGAUGAUUAAACUUGCCUGUUCUGAUGCUUUUCUUAAUAACAUGGUGAUGUAUUCUGGAGUUGGGCUGAUGGGUGUUGGUCCCCUCAUUGGUAUCCUUUACUCUUACUCUAAGAUCAUUUCUUGCAUACGUGGAAUGUCAUCAGCUCAGGGGAAGUAUAAAGCAUUUUCUACCUGUGCAUCUCACUUAUCAGUUGUCUCCUUAUUUUAUUGUACAGGUCUAGGAGUGUACCUCAGCUCUGCUGCUACCCACAGCUCACAGUCAAGUGCAGUAGCCUCAGUGAUGUACACUGUGGUGACACCCAUGCUGAACCCCUUCAUCUACAGUCUGAGGAACAAAGACAUACAGGUGUCUCUAAAAAAAUUGGUUAAUGAUGAUGGUGAUGACAUUAGUCUCACCCGCAUAAUCACGUCCAAUGUUAUCAUAAAGGCAUUUGACUAG